CAUGGGGAGGAAAAACAGCAGCCAGCAAAUAGCACUCCAUCAUACAGCAGUUGACAAUUUUUUUUUUCUUUUUUGUUUUAUGCUUAUUUUUUAAAGAUUUAAACAUAGAUUUCCUUUAAAUUGAAUCUCAGUUUUACUGGGUAUCGUUUGUUUCCUGAGAAAAUUCCGAGAGAAAAUGAGCACACUCAGAGUACCAGAUGCUGUGCCUCCUCCAGCCCAAGACUCUGAAAAGCUCCAAAAAGCCUUCCAAGGGUGGGGAACAGACGAGAAGGCAAUAAUAUGGGUAUUGGGACACAGAAAUGCAAGCCAAAGGAGGAUUAUCAGAGACACCUAUCAACAUCUUUACAAUGAAUCCCUCAUUGAUCGCCUCCAGUCUGAGCUCUCUGGUGAUUUCAGGAAUGCAGUGGUCCUGUGGACAUAUGACCCUCCAGAAAGGGAUGCAAGACUGGCAAAGGAAGCCUUGAAAGCAAGGAAGAAGGGCAUCAAUCACCUGCAAGUGAUAGUUGAGAUAGCAUGUGCAUCAUCUCCUCACCAUUUGAUGUCAGUUAGGCAGGCCUACUGUUCUCUCUUUGAGAGCUCACUUGAAGAAGACAUCACAGCUAAUGUCUCCUUGCCACUCAAGAAGCUGCUAGUGGGGUUGGUGAGCUCCUACAGGUAUGAUAAGGAAAUGGUGGACUUAAAUGUUGCAAAGUUGGAGGCAGCUAAGCUUCAUGAAGCCAUCAAGAAGAAGCAAUUAGAUCAUGAUGAUGUUGUGUGGAUACUCAGCACCAGGAAUGUCUUUCAACUCCAAGCAACAUUCGAGUUCUAUAAGCAAAACUAUGGAAAUUCCAUUGACCAGGAUAUUAAAAGUUUCGGCAUUGGUGAUUUGGCAUCUUUAUUGAGAGUGAUAAUUUGGUGCAUUGACUCCCCAGAGAAACACUUUGCUGAGGUCAUCAGAGCUUCCAUUGUUGGGCUUGGGACAGACGAAGAUUCCUUAACCCGAGCCAUUGUUUCUCGAGCAGAAAUUGACAUGAUGAAGAUCAGAGGGGAGUAUUUCAACACAAACAAGACCAGCCUGGACAAUGCAGUUAGUGGUGAUACCUCGGGAGACUACAAGGACUUCUUGAUGACCUUGCUUGGAGCAAGAAUAUGAUUGUACUCUCUUCAGUCUAAGCCCCUGAUUGAAUUUCAUCGUUCUUUUUGGAAAAAAUGCUUCUUAAGUAUGUUUCUUUGCUUCCAGAGUUGAUUGUUUGUAAAUAAAAGUUUGAUCAUUGAUUUGUCUUUCAAAGAAAAAAUGGGAAUUACUUUCUGAAUAA